UUUGCAUAGAUAACCCCGCCCCUUCAGCCGACGUCACCCGGGCUCCGCAUCUGCUGCAGUCGCUGCGGGGAGGAGGCGGCGGCGCGAGCGCGGCAGAGAUGGCGUCCGCUACUGACUCCCGCUAUGGGCAGAAGGAAUCCUCGGACCAGAACUUCGAUUACAUGUUCAAGAUCCUGAUCAUCGGCAACAGCAGCGUGGGCAAAACCUCCUUCCUGUUCCGGUACGCCGACGACUCCUUCACGCCCGCCUUCGUCAGCACCGUGGGCAUCGACUUCAAGGUCAAGACCAUCUACCGGAACGACAAACGCAUCAAGCUGCAGAUCUGGGACACGGCCGGGCAGGAGCGGUACCGCACCAUCACCACCGCCUACUACCGCGGGGCCAUGGGCUUCAUCCUCAUGUACGACAUCACCAACGAGGAGUCCUUCAACGCCGUGCAGGACUGGUCCACCCAGAUCAAGACCUACUCGUGGGACAACGCCCAGGUCCUGCUGGUGGGGAACAAGUGUGACAUGGAGGACGAACGCGUGGUGUCCUCGGAGAAGGGACGCCAGCUCGCCGAGCACCUGGGGUUUGAGUUUUUCGAGGCCAGCGCCAAGGACAACAUCAACGUGAAGCAGACCUUCGAGCGGCUGGUGGACAUCAUCUGCGAGAAGAUGUCGGAGUCCCUGGACACGGCCGACCCCGCCGUCACCGGCGCCAAGCAGGGCCCCCAGCUCACGGACCAGCAGGCCCCCCCCCACCAGGACUGUGCCUGCUAGGGCCAGCCCCCCACCCCAAAACCCCCC